CAGCUCAGGUACGUCUUAAAGAUGUUCAUGAGGAAACUUUUGAUAUUUAAUAAUCACAUUUCAGUCUUUUUGAAUUAAAUCAUUUUCAUGAAGAAGAUCAAAAUAAAUCUUAUGUCAGUGUUUACUCACGACCUUUCAGAGCUUUCUAGAAGCACACACACAGAGGGUAAAGGUCCCUUUAACAGAGUCUUUCCCACGGUGAGCACUCUGGGAAAUGUAGUCUGUUCAGAAGCAGCAUCUUUAUUACUCAGAGGUCCCUUCACCCUUUUUUCCCAGCAUGCUCAGCUGUGUCUCGCUCAGCCUGCAGCGCCUGCGUCACAUUUAGCAGAUGGAGAGGAGGAAGGGGGGUGGGUGUGAGUAAGACAGAGAGAGAGGAGGGAGGAGGAAAACAAUCUCUCUCUCUCUCUCUCUCUCUCUCUCUCUCUCUCUCUCUCCUGCAUCAGCAUCACAGCCACGCCAGCCUCCGUCACCGGAUACCAACGAGGAAGAAGGAGCUAAAAAACACAACAGCAGCUCUUCCUUCUCCUCCUGAUUGCACUCCUCACAUCAGACUGACUCCUCUACACCUUCAAGACUAGGACUUAUGCUCCCCCAAGCAGGAGGAGAACACCUCCAUCGUCAUGGGCAACCAGGAGGCAAAACAGAAGAGAGCAGCGGCGGCUGCAGGGAACGGCAGCUACCCAUCUCUGGAUGAAGGAUGGAGGGAGGGAGGGGGGGAGGUGACGAAAAAGGGAGGAAAGAAACACCACAGUAAGCACGGGGGAGGAGCGGGGGGGCAUGGCUCAGUACCAACGAAGAAGAAAAACAAAUCAGAGUCCAAGUCGUCCGUUUUCUCCAUCAGGAAGAAGAAGAGCAACCUGAGAGGACGAGGAGACGCGUCGUCAUCGGUCACUGGGUCGAGAGAGGAUGUGUUACACUCCAACCAUGAGGAUGGGAGUAAGACUCCCCCCCUGUCCAACGACGAGCUCGACCCUGAGCCCCCCCUUCCCGACAGGAGACCAGGCAGAGGAGGCAAGGAGGCAGGCAAGGAGGAAGGCAAGGAGGCAGGGAAGGAUGGAGGAGAGAAGGAGGCGCAGAGGAAAACCUCAACAGCAGCUACGUCCCCCUUUGAGCAGGUGGGGGUGCCGCGGGGGGGCAGCUCAGGUUCGGACACGGACAUCUACAGCUUCCAUUCGGCUGCGGACCAUGACGACCUGCUCGCCGACAUCCAACUCGCCAUCAGGCUGCAGCACCAGGGAGGGGGGGGCUGGGGGGGAGGAAAUGGGGGGAGGAAACAGAGUAAUGGAGGAGUUAAAUUGACUCCCCCCGAGCCGGUUGACCUCACCCCCGAGUUAGAGUUGGGAUCUGACGCCCUGUCCUUUCUGGAGACCAGACCCCCUCUCACUGACCCCCCCUCACACCCAGGACCCCCCCUCACUCAACCCCUCUCUGACACAGGAGCCCCUCUACCUCACCCCCCCUCACAAACAGGACCCCCGCCUGUCUCUGUGGACCCCCCCUUUCUCAUGGAGGUGCAGGAGAGGAGUGGGGAGGGGUAUCAGGGGGAGGGGGGGAGAGAAGCCCCUCUUUGUACUGUUACAAAGGACCAGCAUGCUUUGCUACAGCAGCUCCCUCACACAGAAGUUGCCAUGGAUACAGCAGGGGGGGCAGCAGCCAGCAUGGUCUCCAUGACGACCAGCGGAAACAGCCUCCCUGACCUCCUGUUUGAUGGUACUGAGAGACCCUCAGGGGAGGAGGGGGAGGCAGGACAAGAAACCAUGCAGGAGGAUCAGGGGCAACCGGAUGUGGAUCUGAGCGGGCCGGAUGUGGAUCUGAGCCCCCCCCCAAAAGGUCAGAGCGUUGGGUGGAGCUUUGAGUGUGGUGGAGGUGAUGGGGGUGAUGGGGGUGAUGGGGCUGAGGGGGCUGAGGUCUGUGAGGAAGGGGGGGAUCUGCUUGACUCCGGUACCAGUGCAGAGUCUCUGGAGGACUACCUGAGUCCUUUAUCUGACCCCGCCCCACUCUCUCAGAGUAGGAGAGGCUUCCUCCUCCCCCAGGAAAGCCCCCCCUUGGCCAAACGCCUCCUCAGGUCCUCCCAUGCUCCCUCCUCCUCCUCCUCUUGCCAGGGGGUCAAACCUUACCCCCCCAUCUUCCCCUCCUACAUUAAGACCACCACCCGCCAGCUCAGCUCCCCUGGAGUGUCCCCCGCCCUCUCCCCCUCCCACAGCCCAAUCUCUCCCCGCAGGAUUCACCAUCACCUGAGCAGGUUGGUGAGUGGGGCUCAGACCACCAGCAGGAGGCGCUCUCGCAGCCUGGCCAGCUCUCUAAGUCGUUCAGCUGAUUGGACGGAGGAGCUGGAGAGGAGGAUGAGGAGCAGAGAGGAGGAAGGAGGAGGAUCAAGAGAAUACCUGCUGACCUUUAGAGGCGGAGGUGGAGGCAGUCAACCGCUGUGCUCCACCAGGAGGUCCUCCUGUGGACAGGUGUGCUCCUCCUUCCAGGACGUCUUUACAGGGCGCACCCUGCUGGAGAAGUUGUUCCUGCAGCAGCAGCAGGAGGCGGAGCCUGAGGAGGCGGAGCGACUGUGUUCAAGGAUUUUGGCGAUGGGUCUGUUGUUGCCGUUCACUGAUUGCUUCAGAGAGCAGCUGGGAGGAAGCCCCGCCCACAUCAGCUCCACGGCACCAACCAGGUUUGAUCAUGAGCAGCUGUACACCUGGGCCGCUGUCAAUCAGCCUACUCAGAUUCUGGAUCACCUGAUUACAGUGAGACCAGGACCAGGAGAGACCAGGACCAGACUGAAGUCUACAGAGACAGCAGAGGACGGUCUGGAACAUACGGCGGCCAUGUUGGAUUUGAAGCAGCAGCAGGAGAGUCAGGAGAAGGAGAGUUUGGUGUCGUCGUCCAAACUGAAGGAGAAACAUGUGAACGUCAUCCAGCAGCUCGAACAAACCAUCGAAGAUCUCAGGACUAAGAUCGCUGAGCUAGAGCGACAGCCCCCCCUGCUGGACAGAGACACAAUGACAGUACCACCCUCCACCACUGACAGGGAGGUUGGGGGGGAGGAGGGACUGAUGAGGGCACUGUGUGAUGCUCACCUGCAGACCUCCACCCCAGACCUCCUGGAGGCCAAAUCGGUGCAGACCUCCCCUCUGGACGAAUGCUUCAAAGUGCCUUUUACUGAGGGAGGCGGAGUCAGCAGCUCUACGCCACCCCCACCUCCACCUCCACUAGAGGGCUUUAGGUGUUCAUGUCAGAUGCAGCCUACUCUGGUCCCUCCCCCUCCCCCUUUACCAGGAGACUCAAUCCCACCUCCUCCUCCUACAAUACCUAUAGGUACAGCAGGUCCUCCACCCCCACCUCCUCCUCCUCCCCCACCCCUUCCUGGAGGCCUUGCUCCACCCCCACCUCCUCCUCCUCCUCCUCCUCCACCCCUUCCUGGAGGCCUUGCUCCACCCCCACCUCCUCCUCCUCCUCCACCCCUUCCUGGAGGCCUUGCUCCACCCCCACCUCCUCCUCCUCCACCCCUUCCUGGAGGCCUUGCUCCACCCCCACCUCCUCCACCCCUCCCUGGUGGCCUAGCCCCACCUCCUCCUCCAUUACCAGGAACAGGAGGCCCUCCACCUCCCCCACCCCCUCCAGGCUGUGGUCCUCCACCACCACCUCCUCCACCAGGAGCGGUCUUUGCUCCUCCUGGCUCUCUGGGGUUCCUGCCUCCUCCUCUCCCGAUGGGGUUGUACGCUCUGGGUGUGCCACAGGAGAAACCCCCCAGAAAGGCGGUGGUGGAGCCCCCCCGACCGAUGAAGCCAUUGUACUGGACUCGGAUCCAGCUUAACAUCAAAAAGGAGGUUUCUUCUUCAUUGGUAUGGGAGACCAUCGAGGAGCCUGACAUGGACUUUGAGGAGUUUGUAGAGUUGUUUUCUAAAUCAGCUGUUAAAGUUAAGAAGCAGCCGCUGUCGGACACCAUCACCAAGUCCAAAGCCAAACAGGUAGUGAAGCUCCUGAACAACAAGCGCUCUCAGGCUGUCGGAAUCCUCAUGUCCUCUCUACAUCUGGACAUGAAGGACAUUCAGCACGCCAUACUGAACUUGGACAACACAGUGGUGGACCUUGAGACGCUGCAGGCUCUCUAUGAAAAUAGGGCCCAGCAGGACGAACUGGACAAGAUAGAAAAGCACAUCAAGUCCUCCAAAGACAAGGAAAAACCUCUGGACAAACCAGAGCAAUUCCUCCGCCAGCUCUCCCUGAUCCCAAACUUCUCUGGACGAGUAUUCUGCAUCCUCUUCCAAUCCAGCUUCUCAGAGUGCAUGUCAUCUAUAACCAGAAAACUGGACACGUUACAGAGAGUGUGCAAGGCACUGCAGGACAGUGAGACGGUGAAGCAGAUUCUGGGUCUGGUUCUGGCCUUUGGGAACUAUAUGAAUGGAGGGAAUCGAACCAGGGGCCAAGCUGACGGAUUCUCACUCGAUAUACUGCCCAAGCUAAAGGAUGUGAAGAGCAGCGACGGCUUGAGGAGUCUGCUCUCCUACAUCGUGUCUUAUUACCUCCGACACUUUGACCAGGAUGCUGGUAGAGAGACAUGUGUGUUUCCUAUCCCGGAGCCUCAUGAUCUGUUUCAGGCAUCUCAGAUGAAGUUUGAAGAUUUCCAAAAAGAUGUGAUUAGACUGAGGAAGGACCUGAGAGCGUGUACAUCCGAGGUAGAGAAGGUGUGUAAGGUGUCAGAAGAGGAGAAUAUGCAGCCUUUUAAAGAUAAGAUGGACGACUUCCUCGCACAAGCUAAAAGCGAGCUGGAGGCUCUGGAGGCUCAGCUCAGCAGCACUCACUCUCUAUUCCUCGAGCUCUCAGUUUCCUUCUCUGUGAAGCCGAAGGCCGGAGAGAAAGAAGUUUCUCCGAACACAGUGUUCAGCGUCUGGCACGAAUUCUCCUCCGACUUCAAAGAUCAGUGGAAGAAAGAAAACAAAGUGAUUCUCAAAGAGAGGUUAAAAUCAGCGGAGGAAUCUUUCCGGCAGGCAAAGGAGAAAUCUUCAUACAGCGUGAAACCAAAACACGCCUCAGGCAUCAAAGCAAAACUGGGCAUGAAGAUCUGACCCACAGGAGAACCUUUGGACAACAGCAGAGAGGAGGAGGAGAGGAAAGGAGAGGAGAGGAGAGGAGAGGAGAGGAGAGGAGAGGAGAGGAGAGGAGGAUGUAAAGGAUGAAGAAGAAGUUACACAAGUUGAUGUUCCUGUGACAUCACUCAUCAUCUGUGUGUGUGUCUGUGUGUGUGUGUGUGUGUGUGUGUGUGUGUGUGUGUGUGUGUGUGUGUGUGUGUGUGUGUGUGUGUGUGUGUUUGAACAGGAAGUGAACUGUUUCUGUGCAAUAAAAGUCUUCAUGCAAACAUGUAAAUGAUGGUGUGUUUUGGAGCUGUAAUUAUGUAAAAUAAAGACAUGAUUCUGAACUAUUA